ACUUGCUGCGGCUCUCAAUUACACCGCUGGGCCCUGGCUGAAGGAGCUCGAAGAGCAAACGAUCGCCCUCUUGGAACCCAACAGCGUCAACAUGAAUCUGACCGUGCGGGGUCGCCUCAAGAGCCAGCGUGUGUCCAAGGCAGACACCCCCGACAGCGCCAUAUACUUGAUCAAGUGGAACGAGAACCGCAGCAUCGGCAUCCUCGAUUGCUGGCGUCUCGCCAGCGCACCACCAUCAUCAUUGCCCAACGCUUGUCGACGAUUCGAGAUGCUGACCGCAUUGUCGUGCUGAGCCAUGGCAGUGUGUUGGAAGAUGGCACCCACGACUCGCUCUUCAAAAUUGAAGACGGUCACUACAAAGCGUUGGUGGAUGCCCAGCUGCGCGAGUGUCGCCUCGCCAAGGGCGUGUACCCCAUGGUCGUGCUCGUGUGUCGGGAUCCGUGCUGCGACGCGCUGCGGCACGUGCACAUCGGCGACCUCCUCGUAGAAAUCAAUGGCCGAGACACGGCCAUGAUGAGCGUCAAGAAGACCGUUGGGUUUUGUGAAAACGUGCACCAAGACCGCCUUGCUCAAGUUUAA